UAUACAACGAUAAACAGCAUGUGUAGGUCGUGUUUUUAUCUAUUACCCUCACAUUUUGUAUAUAGCAGCUUUAAAGGAGUUGUAGGAGCGUGACAUUUCGGAUUGGACUACAACUCCCUACAUGCCGUUUGAAAUAUUAGCUUGACACUUCCGGGUUAUACGUGCUUGAGUUCCCCGCCUUUUGAGUGAGCAGCAGUGUCCUGAGGACGACGCCUUCACAAUAACACUGCUGACGGUUUAAAAAAGGGAUUUAUGAGGGACUUCUCCUGAACAUGUAGCCGACUACAACACCCUGCUCACUUUAUAUCCACCGACAGGCAGACAUGUUGUUACCGUCCGACGUCGCUCGGCUUGUUUUGGGUUACCUCCAGGAGGAGGGACUGUCCGCCACAAGCCAAGCUUUCAUUCAUGAGAGCCCAAACCUGAAGGAGUAUGCCGACCACACCAUAGGAGAUGGGGCUAUUCCUGCCUGUGUGUUUUCUGUCUUUGGGAAAGGCCUGACAACCAUCCUAAAUGAGUAUGUGGCAACUAAAACAAAAGAGUCUUGUCAUGAAGUACCUGCUGUGAUGACCUCCUUGUGGAAGAAGCUGGAUUUUACACUAAACCAGAUCAAGUCAUUGCAGAACUCCCCCGCUAUAUCAGCAUGUCAAAGAACACGUUCGCGCGUUGGGUUGGCAAACCUGGCUAAACAGCAGGCCUUGGCCGUCGCUUCGACUGGUGCUGUCGUCUGCUCGUCACUUUCUCAAACGACUUCCAUCAUGAGCCCUCUGCAAACAUCCCACAGCAUGCUAGGUCACUCCACGCCCGUCAGCUACUCUACCCCACAAAUCCGACCAGGGGAUACACCUGUACAGAUAAUUGUUUCAGAACAUCGGCUAAAUCCAGGCCCAAUGUCUCCUGGCCGACGGAAAUGGGACACACCCAGGAAGAGAGGUGGUGCUGUGAGUGGGUCCAGUGGGCUUGCCAGAUGUGCCACAACUGCCAGUAGCCUCAAUGCAGAACCCCAACCUGAGGAGGCCGUCGAUGAGAACUUUCCUCAACUUGUGAUACAAAAUGCACGUGAUAAGAUACUGGGGGACAGGUCGUUACAGGAGAAGCUUGCUGAAAACAUCAACAAAAUCCUCGCCAGUGAUCCAGUUCCCCAAACAUCAAAGGCGUCGAGUACAGUGGAGGCGGACCAGUCUAUAGAUGAAAUCCUGGGAUUAGAGGGGGAGAUCCAUAUGAGUGACGAUGCCAUCCAUGACAUUUUGGAGCAAACAGAGUCUGACCCAGCUUUUCAGGCCCUCUAUGACCUCUUUGAUUACAAUAAAACCAAAUUCCCUGAGGGAGAACUAGGGGACGGAGAUAUUAGCAGUAAUCCAGAAGAGAAUAACACUGCUGGACCUUCAUCUGCAGUCAGACCACUUCAGAGUGAUGAUCCAGGCACUACACACAGAGAAGUUAAUGCUUUGGAUGCAACACCAAUGGCGGUAAAGACGAAAGCUGGACAAGAGCGCAAGACCAGAAAGUCCACUACUCCCACCUUGUUGAAGAAAACAUUUCUUAAUCCCAGUGGCAGAGCAUCCAGGCUUGAAAAUAGUUCAGCCAGAUUAUUAGUGAGUCAUGGAGAGCACAGAGGUGCCUCAUCUGCUGCAGUGGACUCAAACAAAAAGGAAAAGGGCUCACUCUUAAAUGACAGUGUUUUUGUAACACCAAUGGAUAUCGAUGAACCGUUGAAUACUCCUCCCCCUCCAUCAGAUGGUAUGGCCUCUCUGGAGCCCGCCUCAAAGGACAGCACCUCCACCAUGACUGCCCUCAGUGAAUCAACCACAGUUCCCAUAUCAACAGCCUCUGCUGCCUUUGCUGUGCUAGAGGCGACACCGGCUUCUAAUGUGGACAAAAAACAGGAGCUUAAACAAGGAUCAAAAGAACAACAUGCCGCAGCCGCCGUAGCUCUGUGUAAUCAACCUGCUUUUUUGUCUCCUGCAAUAGUUGAACUGAGCAACACACCAGCGACGACUGCUGACCUACCUCAUAAGUCUGUUUCCAGCAGUGGAGGAGACAUUCAACCAGUGUUUACUCUCUCAGUAACAUCUGAAUCUGCCUCUUCCACAUCUGCUCACACUUCUGCACCAUUCACAGCAACACCGGGCUCAGUUACAUCUGUUUCUACCUCUGCAACGCUUACAGCUACACCUGCCUCAUCUACGUUGGCCUCACCUGCAUCCUCGUCCUCUUGUGCACCAGUUGGUGCAGCACUUGAUCCUCCAACUACCCCAGGCAAGGCUGCAGCUGAUUCCAAUAUAGUUUCUUUGAAAAUCAUCAUCAGUGAUAACCAGGAUGAGGAUCCUUCCAGUGACCCAGCCUUGACUAAAGCAAUUUCUAGCAUUUCUGGAGACAAGAUCCCAACCAUCUAUCUGUCUUCUCCAGCUAAGUCUCCUGGAGUUCCUGGCACACCAAAGGCCAAUUUGGAUGAGGCAGCACAGGCUGUUAGUGGCUUACAAAACUCUGAGGUACUUGCCAGUCCUCUCAGUAGUAAGGCUGGGGCUUUAGUGGCAUCCCCAUUAACAGGGACAUCACAGGUCCAGCAAAACUACAUCAUUCAACUACCACUGGACACCACUACCCCUGCCCUCCAAGGAGCCACUGCCAGCUAUUUCCUUGUCACUGAACCCCCGACUACAGAUGCUCAAACCAGACAGAUGCUACUGUCUGCUGGUGUCUCAAAGGGACAGCCUUUGCCUGCCAACCAAUAUGGGGUGACACCAUCUUGCUCCCAAAGCUACUCCACAGGGUCUGCACUCAUUUUACCAUCGCCCGUUAAGCCAGUGGUGCUUCCUGUUUCUGUCAUGGGGCAGAAUACUCUGGGGAAGGUCCAGAUGGUGUCCAAUCAGCUUGUUGCUAUACCAAACACAGUAUCGGUACAACAGUCGGAGACUGUCAAGCCCAAAUCCCCCGCAGUGGCAAUCAAAUGGUCUACAACUGCUGGCACGGAGAAACAUCUCGUAGGUAAGUUGGUUCAACCUGUGUCAACUGAAGAUACAAGCCAACAAGAUACAUCAAAGAGUCCUCGACAUAGAAGAAUUUUAUGUUUUGACUCUUCUGCAGAAGUUCAACCAGAAACUUCUAAAACGACAAAAACUACCAUACCUCCAACCUCAAAUACAUCUUCAUUGCAAUCUGUUCAGAAGACUUUAAAAGAUAAUACACAGUCGGCCACUCGAACAAAGCCAACCAUCUUGGGUGGCAACAAACCCAAGAGGAGGAUACAGACUGUCAGAUGCUCUGUAGAUCCCCAGACUGACAGAGGUCCUUUGAAGGAGUCAGAGAAGCCUAUGCCUCCACAGCAGCACCAGAAAGAUCCUGUUAAAAAGAACUCUCGCAAACAAGAUCAUAGCAUCCAUAACCAAGAGUCUCAAAGUGCAAGUACCAGCAGGAUUGAUGCCUCCCAGUCUGAGUCUGUGAAAAAAUCUAAAUCUGGUGACAGGAAGCACAGUCAUGAUAAAGAUGGUGAUGGAGCGAAAGCUAAGGAUUCUCAUAGUUCUAGGUCAUCGUCAUCUGAUUCUGCACUAAAAUCAGGAACUAGAAAGGAGAAAGAGGAGAGCAGCAGGAAAGAACUUGCAGAAAAAGCUCCUGCCAAAUCACGUGAGGGGCGCACAGAAAAAAGGACUCCCUCUCAGGAAAUGCCAAAUGUGACCGCUAACAAGGAGAAUGAAAUUAAAGGUAGCAGACAAGAGCAGCAACAGCAGUCAACACCUUCAUCCUCUGCAUCAAGAGACUUCAGCCCUCCAGCUGUCACUCAACUUACAUCUACCCCUCAGUCCAAGGCUACAAAAGCCCCCUCAAAGACCAGCUCUUUGGCCAAACAGGCAGCUGAAAUGCUUCAUGACAUCCAGGGAAUCAACUCUCCUUCCACCCCAGUCAAAAGACCUGUAGCGGGAACUUCAGACCUUAGUCUUCCCCGAAACUCUGGGGCAGGCUGUAACCAGGAAGAGUCUAAUGACUGCCCCAGAACUCCUUCCCGACAGAAGAAGGGUAAAGAUGGAGAGGGGACUCCCAAGCAUCUAAUGCCUCCCAACACCCCAGAUGUCCCCUCCUGCAGUCCAGCCAGUGAGGCCGGCAGUGAAAACAGCAUCAACAUGGCUGCUCACACACUCAUGAUUCUUUCUCGUGCUGCCAUCGCCAGGACCGGCACUCCACUGAAGGACAGUUUGCGUCAGGAGGGAGUGGGAGAAAAGUCCCCCACAAGCUCAAAGAACUCUAAGAAACGCAAACAGUCCCCGCCCACAGCCAGCCCGCCGGCAAAGAAAGACCGGGAAAGGAAGAAACUCAUGGAUUGUUUUCCCCAUGACCUGGAUGUGGAUAAAUUCCUGUCUUCACUUCACUAUGAUGAGUGAAACCGGACACGCCAACAGAAAAGGACUACGAUAUCACUACCUGCUUAGGUUACUCUCCAGGAAUAGAACAAGCCAUCUCCUAAACCAGUGCCUAUGGUUCCUAUUAGUUACAUUGCCUGAGACCUUUUUUAAGCUGUAAUAUCUCCUUCAGCCAAUGAGCAACUUUGAUUUAAUUGUCUAGUUUCAUGCGUGGGUCAUCUGCAUAAAUCCUGUUAGAUGCAGCAGCAGUUGGGGAAACCAUGGCACUUUGUUGUAUUUCUUGUAUUCUCAUGCUCACUUCUGUUUGAAUCAUCAUUGUACAACAACAAAACAAACACACUGAUGGGGGUAUGUUGUUAAAAUCAGUGACAAAGCAUUUCCUUAGUCAAUAUUUGACUCUAGUUUGAUAAAUCUUAGCACUGACUUGAUAGGUUGGUAUGUAAAAAAAAA